AAUAACAUGAUUGGUUACCAGCCACGCAAAACCGGGGCAUUUAAAUUUCGAAUCUUCGAUCGUUUAAAUCAAAUCUUCACAAAGUUCCACCCUGUAGGUAACUAGAGGAUUAUUUAUCAAAUUUUUUUAUGAAGUAUCACCAAGAUGGGUGCCUUAGAAAGCAAACAAUGGUCUGAAAUACCCCCGGAAACACCGAAACCUGUGGAUAAGCGGAUCUCAAGACUUCUAGUCGCGGAUCCUCGAUCACCACUAGGAGAACAGAGAACACCGAUUCAACUCGAAACUUACGAAGAAUCGCCACAAAACAGAGAACUGUGCAUUGAUCCGCGAUCACCGAGUUUUGUAAUUACUCGCACCCCAAUUACUGUACCUGUCGCGAGGGAGAACAUUCAAAAAUCGAAGGAAAGCGAUGAAAAUCAUGGUGAAAACACAAAAUCGCGCGAUCAAGAGGUACAUGUAACUGAUCAAGAUGAAGUGUUCGGAAACGCGAGCGUCGAAGCCGAGGAGCCACCAUCGCCCGAUAUCACUCAGAUCAACAAAAUCCUAAGUGAAAUAUCCAUGACGCCUGUGUCACCCGAAGCUCCGAUUUCGAAGAAAGAUACAGCUCGCUUGCUAAAAAAAACCGCCAGCCCAUCUGAUUUCAAGAGGAAGAGGAGACUUUCUGGUCGUAGAAAAUCAGUCCCACAAAAGCUCUUCUCCGACAAGGUGGCUCCAGCUCCCAGAUCUCCUCUGGCUCAGAGAAACUCCGUGGAAAUAACUGAAGCAGUGAGAAAGGGGAACAGGCUUUCAUUCCGAGCACAGAAAAAGAAAAGACUUAGCUUACAAGAAGGACUCUAUAUUGGAAAGGAAAAUACCCACGCUCCUCUGGUGAUCAUGUAAAUUAUCUUAAACUUUGAACUUUUAAUUUUAAAGAUUUGAAAUACUUUGAAAUAAUUUUAAGAAAUAGCAUUUAAAAAGUAUAUAAAAGACAUGUUUGUUAAGACAUUUACUUAAAUGAGACUAAAUUAUAAAUUAUUGAGUUGUAUAAUCUAUCACUAACAGUAAGAGAUGGACAACCUCAUGAUCCAUCAUGAUCAUCAACACUAAGGAAGGUCUAGCACUUUAUACUACUUUGUGGAAAGAUAGCCUUCCCUCUGUAAAGAGAACAUUGGGGACUAGAGUUGUUGAUGAUACCAGUAAGUAAUUCAAAUUGAUUACUGACAGUACAUGGAAAAUAUUGUAUGUGUUUAAUGAUUAAAAAAUACUGUUAAAUUUUCAAAAGAGUGCCCACAUUGAAAAUGAGCUUUACAAGAACUCAACUGUGGGCAACAUUUCCCAUAAACAUUUUGUUGCAUUUGCAAUGUACAGGUUAAAUUAGAAUAAGAUUCUUGGUACAACAUGUAACUUGCAGAUGAUGUAAAUAUAAGUUGCUAUAUUGAGGAAUUAAAGCUCAUCUUUGUUUAUUGCUUCAA